CAAAUUAGAAAAAAAAAACAAAAAAUACAAUAACCAUACUUUUGUUUAUCAUGUACCAUUAUAUCAUUCCCUCAAAAAAAAUAAAAAAAUGUACCAUUAUAGGAUAAGAGAAAUGCUAGGUCACCGCUCUUUUUUAUUUGAACGAUUAUCAAAAUUUAGUUUUGGGUUAAUUUUCGGUAGAUAAUUUCUUUUAAGGAAAUUUUCAGUAGCUAAUUAACCUCCCACUCCCCUCCUCCAUGAAUCUUAAAGAGCACUCCGUUUAAUUUAUACAUCUAAAUGAAGAUAAACAAUGUUUUGUUCGAAUUUACUCAUCCAAAUGCGAGAAAAAAAUGGACUUUUACCGCCUAAAAUGGUAAAAGUAGUUCUCAUGAUUAGGUUAUCCAAUAAGUAGUUCACGUGACAUACAAGGCCUCAAUGCAUCAUAUCCAUCACUCUAGUCGGGUCCACUUCAUCACCGAUCAAUCACAACCGUCCAAAUUGUACCAGCUCUCAAUUUUCCUAUUUUGUGCAUGAUAAUAAACGUGAACAUCGGUCUUGUAAUCAUUAGCCUAACCGCUCUUUAUUACCAUUCCCAACCUUGAUUUGGAAGGAGCGCGUGGAAAAAGCGCAUUCCUCGUGACUAGUGAACUUGUCACUCUAGCCUUUAUAGUGUAAAUGACGAGAUACAUAUAACUCGCAUGUUCCCAUUCUCACUCUUACACAAUGGCUUCCGACAGAGAAACUUCAACAAAAAAAAUUCGGAGGAAGCCAUCGUGGAAGGAGAAAGAGAAAAAUAUGAUGAGAGAAAGAAGAAGGAGAGCCAUAACAACAAAGAUAUUCGAUGGACUUCGAACUCAAGGGAGCUACAAUUUAUCGAAGCAUCGUGACAACAACGAGGUCCUCAAAGCUCUUUGUGCAGAAGCUGGUUGGUCGGUCGAAGAAGAUGGAACCACCUAUCGCAAGGGUUACAAUCCUCCACUAAACAAUGAUGCAGGCACCUCUUUCUCUCAUUCCCAAAAUCCAUGUCUCAUUUGUCCAUCUUUUCCAACUUCAAUUCCUUCAUACCAAUUCACUCCUCAGCCUUUUCCUCCUUUGUGGAUAUCAAACAGUGCUCCUGUUACACCUCCUCUCUACUCACCAACAUCAACAAACCUUACACCAAUUCCAGCAUGGGACUCCAUUUCCAAAGAAUCUAUGGCCUUUUUUAGUUACCCUUUUGUUGCAUCUUCUACCCCUGCUAGCCCAACACACCAAAACCUUCAUACCCCAAUGAAGUUCCAUCCUUUUGCACAAUCUCCAUUUGCAGUGCCAACUUCUUCAUCUUUCAAUGCUGUGGCUGAUAACUCAUUCAGCGAGAAGACAAGUUCAAAAAUGCUUGGGGUGCAAGUAAAGCCUUGGGUUGGUGAAAAAAUUCAUGAUGAGGGAUUGGAUGAUUUGGAACUCACUCUUGGAACUGGGAAAGGAAGGAUAUAGGCUGCAUUGUGAAAUUUUGCAUCAUUUGUGUUUAUGUGAGAAUGAGACAAGAUUGUGUUUGCUGGUUUUUGUUGUUUGUCCAACUUGUUUUGGGUAUAUUUUUUGUGUGUAUGCAUGGAUGAUUUAUUUAUUUGUUUUCUCUUUUUUAAAAUUUUGGAAAUGAGACAAUUCAUGAUUGAGUGUGGAUAAG